UUCCUUGUUCAGUAACAGUUCACGCACGAAGGAGGAAUGGCCGACUGCAUGAAGAAACAAGGAAAUAACAUCGGGCAGGAUGUUGUCGUUCUCCACCAGCUCGACCGAGGAGUUUUCACGCCGAACAUUUCACCUUUCCCGCUCAAAUUAGAAACGUAUCUCCGAAUGGCUAACAUUCCUUAUCAGAAUGAUUUUAAGAAUCCAAUUGGACCGAAGGGCAAGACGCCGUGGAUCACGUUGAACGGCGUGAAUUACUCGGACUCUCAACUCUGUUUGGAAAUGUUGGCCAAAAGAUUCCAUAAAGAUUUCAGCUCCCAUUUGUCGGCGGAAGAACAAGCCGUCGCUCGAUCUCUCCAAAUCAUGGCGGAAGAACAUUUCUACUGGUUGAUUGUACUCCAGCGAGUUGUUUACACCAAAGGUAAAACCUUGUUCCAAAUUCAGACGAGUUUCCCGUCGAUAUUACGUCUGGUGAUGCCAAUCAUGGUUCGCAGGGUUAAAAGCCAAACUCAGGCUCAAGGAAUGGGCAGACACACCAAAGAAGAAGCUAUCGAAAUGGGCAUGAAGGACUUGCGGGCCAUGUCAGCAUUUCUUGGUACUAAGCCGUAUUUUAUGGGAGAGAAGCCAACUGAAAUGGACUGUUCCAUGUUUGGCAUUUUGGCCCAGGUUGUUUGGUCCUUGCCAGGCUCGCCGUUCGAGUCGCAUAUGAACGGGGAAUUUGUAAAUUUGAGGAGUUUCUGCAACCGGAUGAAAAGUAAAUUCUGGCCUGAUUGGGAUCAAUGUCUCGCAUCUCCACAGGCAUAAAACCAUAAAACCAAAUAAUGUUACAAUGUCACAUACGAAUCAUUUUUCAUUAUCGUUAACGUUAGCAGAUUCUUAAUACAAAGAUUUUUAUUA